AUGACCAAUGAUAGCGGUGCCCCCGUGCGCCCCGUGGAUUGGAAUAGCAUGUGGACAGCCAAAGCGCGGUCGUUGCGGCCGGCAAGGCUGGCUCGCAUCGUCAACUCCUUCAUGGGCGUCCCGGGCAUCGUGGGCAUGCACGGCGGCCUGCCGCCGGCUGACGCGUUCCCUAUCAGCUCGAUAAGCUUUGGCCUGGGCCCCAUGGCGGGUGGGGGCGUGCUGGACAUCUCUGGCCCCAAGGACACGGUGGCGGCGCAGCAGUACUGCUUUGCGCCAAGCGGCUACGAGCCGCUCCGCGCGAGGCUGCACGCACUCACGCUGGCACAGCAGCGGCCCCAGGGCGCCGUCCAGGUUAACGUGACCUGCGGCUCCACCUAUGGGCUGGACGUGGUGCUCGACCUGCUGCUGGAGCGGGGGGACCCGCUGCUGCUCGAGGAGUACACCUACUCUCACGCCCUCGAGGCGCAGCUGAUGCCCAAGGGCUUUGAGUUGCUGCCGGUGGCGAUGGACGCGCAGGGCAUGCUGCCGUCCGCCCUAGAAUCCCUCCUCUCCCGCCGCCGCGCCGAGGGCCUGCGCAUGCCGCGCGCGAUGUACGUCAUCCCGUCGGGCCAGAACCCGACGGGCGCGGCGAUGGGGCCGGCGAGGAGGGCCGAAAUCUACGAGGUUGCGCGGCGGUAUGAUCUGGUGAUCGUCGAGGACGAUGCGUACAGCUGGCUGCAGUACCCGGACGGCGAGGGCGCGGUGCCGGGGCUGGCGGGCCUGCAGCGUGAGCGCCUGGCGGCUGGGGCGGGUUCGCGAGGGCGGCACAGCGUGGAGGCGGGCGUGCCUGCUGCGUUUGAAUGCCAGAGUCCUUGCAACAGUCGUGUGUUGACGUGCUAA